AUGAGCAAGAAGAUCGAGUCCGUCGUUGUCUUUUGCGGCUCGAGUCCAGGAAGAAGAGCCGAAUAUUUGGAUGCUGCGCGAGAUGUAGGCACCACUCUUGCCAAGCACAAGCUGCGGCUCGUGUAUGGUGGAGGGACGAGAGGAAUCAUGGGAGGCGUGUCGGCUGCUGUGCUGAGCCAGGGUGGUCAAACGCUUGGCAUUCUACCUCGCACGAUGCUCUCUGCACCUAACAGACCGGCCAUGCCCACUGCUGCAGCCAAGGAGGAUGCGGCGAACCCAUCCGCAGCAUCGGCGCCUGCUCCUAGAGCAUCGCAGUCGGGUGCAGUGGCAGGUAGCGCAGAAGGAUCUGGCCCAGAGAUGUGGAAGGAUGAGGCUCAAAAAUCGGCUGAUAGGGUGGAGACCAUCUUGGUGGACAAUAUGCACGAGAGAAAGGCCAUCAUGCAGGACAAAGGAGACGCAUUCAUCGUUGUGCCUGGAGGCUACGGCACGUUCGAGGAAGCCUUUGAGGUCGUCACUUGGUGCCAGUUGGGCAUCCAUCGCAAGCCAGUAAUCUUCCUCAACGUAUGCGGUUUCUACGAAGGAGCUCGCACGCUGAUCACAAACGCUGCGCAAGAGGGGUUCAUCAGUCCUGCAGGUCUAGAAUUGAUUGCGUUUGUGGAACAGUCAGAUGCUGAUAAGCUUUCGGGCUCUUGGGGAGAGGCAUCUCUUAAGGCGCUCGAGGAGCUUAGCCAGCGCAUUGUCAAGAACGGACCGGGCUAUUGGGACUGGAGCAAGAGCAAGGGCGUCGACACCUCCGAAGCCAAGUCCACCAGGGAUCAGCCCGAGGAUGUAACGAAGACUGAUUCGGCCGCCCGAGCAGUCGAUGUGACGAAUCUCACCUUCUCAUUUUCGCCCGAAAAGGAGCCAGCUCUGAUUGAUUGCAACCUGAGCCUGACACGGGGCAGCAGGUGUCUACUGAUCGGUGCGAAUGGAGCGGGGAAGUCGACACUGCUUCGGCUCCUGGCCGGAAAGCGGCUGCCUGGUCGGGAUGCGCACGUACGUGUCUAUGGACGAGAUGUCUUUCAUGACGCUCCCCGUGGCAUCUGCUAUCUUGGGACAGAGUGGGCCAUGAACCCAGUAGUUCGCAGCGACAUUACAGUCUCACACUUCCUCAACUCAGUAGGAGGCUAUCGCCACAAGGAGCGACGGGAUCGUCUUUUGGACAUUUUGGACGUGGAUGUAGCUUGGAGAAUGCAUCAAAUCAGCGAUGGGGAGAGGCGACGAGUCCAGCUGACCAUGGGCCUCAUGGAGGAGUGGACAGUGCUGCUCCUUGACGAGGUCACAGUGGAUCUUGAUGUUCAGGUGCGAGCCGACUUGCUCGACUUCUUGAUGACGGAGACGAGGGAACGAGGGGCGACCAUCAUAUAUGCAACGCACAUCUUUGAUGGUCUGCAGACAUUCCCAACGCACGUGGUGCACAUGCAGCUGGGAACAACAACCACACCCCUUCCAAUCGCAUGGCCGCCCUCCUCCUCUGAUGCCACAGACGCACUGCCUGCACUGGACUCCAAGGUAGAGAGAGAAGGAAGCGUGCUGCUUGCUACCGCUCUGGCCUGGCUCAGGCAGGAUAGAGAAUUGCGUCUGGAAAAGGAGCAGGCCGAGGGUGGGCAGAAGAAACGCGGCGCUCAGCCAAGCAAAGACGACACAGAUUCUAGCAGAUUCUAUUCAGGUCAGUUGCGCGACGAAUCAAGCCUGCAGCGUGAAGUCUUGACGUGCGCUGAACGCUCUCUCAUGCUCACUUGA